UGUUUUACAGUUUCCUCCUUUUCUAUCAGAGCAGGAAGCAGCGCUGCAGGAGUGACAGUCUGAUCAAUAAUUCAGAUUGAAGAAUCAGAAGAAAUGACCUCACAGGGAUCAGAUUGAACAGAUGUGUUUCUCUGUGCUGAAGUCAGUCUGAAGUUGGUUAUCUGACUCCUUUAACCAAUCAGAGGGAGUUUUUAGGGAGUGUCAAUAACUGACUUGUCAUCAUACAACAGAUGUGUUUCUCUGUGCUGAAGUCAGUCUGAAGUUGGUUAUCUGACUCCUUCAACCAAUCAGAGGGAGUUUUUAGGGAGCGUCAAUAACUGACUUGUCAUCAUACAACAGAGCAGGAAGCAGCGCUGCACGAGUCACAGUCUGAUCAAUAAUUCAGAUUGAAGAAUCAGAAGAAACGACCUCACAGGGAUCAGGUUGAACAGAUGUGUUUCUCUGUGCUGAAGUCAGUCUGAAGUUGGUUAUCUGACUCCUUCAACCAAUCAGAGGGAGUUUUUAGGGAGUGUCAAUAACUGACUUGUCAUCAUACAACAGAUGUGUUUCUCUGUGCUGAAGUCAGUCUGAAGUUGGUUAUCUGACUCCUUCAACCAAUCAGAGGGAGUUUUUAGGGAGCGUCAAUAACUGACUUGUCAUCAUACAACAGACGUUGGAAGUAGAUGAAGUUGUUCCUGAAAUCCUGCACAGCAGAGACCAGAAUCUCCUGAUCCCAGCUGUGUGUCCGUAGAGAUCAAUAGGACCAUGGAUCCACCUCUUCUUUCCAAAACACAUGGAGAGAUCCAUCAGCAGAGACCAGACUCUCCUACCCCCAGCUGUGUGUCCAUGAAGAGUGACCGGUCCAUGACUCCACCGCUACGUUUUAACAGUGAAAGAGUGGACCAGGAGAGCUCAGAGGUUCCCAGUGAUCAGUCUUCCCAGCAGCAUCCAACAGAUCUGGGCUCCAUAUUUAUGCUGUUGGAGGAGAACAUCAACACUUUUGUGAAGAAUGAGCUGAAGAAGAUGCAGAAAGUUCUAAGUCCAGAUUACCCAGAAUGCUUAGAGAGUCAGAGGGAGGAUGAGGAGGUGUUGGAUGGUGAGGAGGAAGAGCAGAGGAGGAGCAGCACAGAGGCAUUUCUGAAGAUCACACUGCACUUCCUGAAGAGAAUAAAGCAGGAGGACCUGGCUGCCUGUUUGCAGAUCAGAACUUGUGCUGCAGAGUGUCAAUAUAAACUCAAGUCUAACCUGAAGAAGAAGUUCCAGUGUGUGUUUGAGGGGAUUGCUAAAGCAGGAAACCCAACCCCUCUGAAUCAGAUCUACACAGAGCUCUACAUCACAGAGGGAGGGACUGGAGAGGUCAAUAAAGAACAUGAAGUCAGACAGAUUGAAGCAGCAUCCAGGAAACCAGACAGACCAGAAACAACAAUCAGACGUGAAGACAUCUUUAAAGCCUCACCUGGAAGAAAUGAACCAAUCAGAACAGUGAUGACAAAGGGAGUAGCUGGCAUUGGGAAAACAGUCUUAACACAGAAGUUCACUCUGGACUGGGCUGAAGACAAAUCCAACCAGGACAUGCUGUUCACAUUUCCAUUCACUUUCAGAGAGCUGAAUGUGCUGAAAGAGAAAAAGUACAGCUUGGUGGAACUUGUUCAUCACUUCUUUACUGAAACCAAAGAAGUGGGAAUCUGCAGGUUUGAAGAGUUCCAGGUUGUGUUCAUCUUUGACGGUCUGGAUGAGUGUCGACUUCCUCUGGACUUCCACAACAAUGAGAUCCUGACUGAUGUUACAGAGCCCACUUCAGUGGAUGUGCUGCUGACAAACCUCAUCAGGGGGAAACUGCUUCCCUCUGCUCGCCUCUGGAUAACCACACGACCUGCAGCAGCCAAUCAGAUCCCUCCUGAGUGUGUUGAUAUGGUGACAGAGGUCAGAGGGUUCACUGACCCACAGAAGGCGGAGUACUUCAGGCAGAGAUUAAGACAUAAGAAGCAGGCUGACACAAUCAUCUCCCACAUCAAGAGAUCACGAAGCCUCCACAUCAUGUGCCACAUGCCAGUCUUCUGCUGGAUCACUGCUACAGUUCUGGAGGAUGUAUUAAAAAGCGGAGAUGGAGGAGAGCUGCCCAAGACCCUGACUGAGAUGUACAUCCACUUCCUGGUGGUUCAGUCCAAGCUGAAGAAUAUCAAGUAUGAUGGAGGAGCUGAGACAGAUCCACACUGGAAUCCAGAGAGCAGGAAGAUGAUUGAGUCUCUGGGAAAACUGGCUUUUGAGCAGCUACAGAAAGGCAACCUGAUCUUCUAUGAAUCAGACCUGGAAGAGUGUGGCAUCGAUAUCAGAGAAGCCUCAGUGUGCUCAGGAGUGUUCACACAGAUCUUUAAAGAGGACCUGUACCAGGACAAGGUGUUCUGCUUCGUCCAUCUGAGUGUUCAGGAGUUUCUGGCUGCUCUUCAUGUCCAUCUGACAUUCAUCACCUCUGGAGUCAAUCUGCUGGUAGAAGAUAGAACAACAUCCCAGAAGUCUGAAACAAGAAACAAAUCCAUACUCUUCUACCAGAGUGCUGUGGACGAGGCCUUAAAGAGUCCAAAUGGACACCUGGACUUGUUCCUCCGCUUCCUCCUGGGUCUUUCACUGCAGACCAAUCAGACUCUCCUACAAGGUUUGCUGACACAGACAGGAAGUAGCUCACAGACCAAUCAGGAAACGGUCGAUUACAUCAAGAAGAAGAUCAGUGAGAAUCUGUCUGCAGAGAGAAGCAUCAAUCUGUUCCACUGUCUGAAUGAACUGAAUGAUCGUUCUCUGGUGGAGGAGAUCCAACAGUCCCUGAGUUCAGGAAGUCUCUCCACAGCUGAACUGUCUCCUGCUCAGUGGUCAGCUCUGGUCUUCAUCUUACUGUCAUCAGGAAAAGAUCUGGACGUGUUUGACCUGAGGAAAUAUUCUGCUUCAGAGGAGGCUCUUCUGAGGCUGCUGCCAGUGGUCAAAGCCUCCAACAAAGCUCUGUUGAGUGGCUGUAACCUCUCAGAGAGAAGCUGUGAAGCUCUGUCCUCAGUCCUCAGCUCCCAGUCCUCUAGUUUGAGAGAGCUAGACCUGAGUAACAACAACCUGACGAUUUCAGGAGUAGAACGGCUGUCUGCCGGACUGAAGAGUCCAAACCUUGCACUGGAAACUCUCAGGUUGAGUGGAUGUAACCUCUCAGAGAGAAGCUGUGAAGUUCUGUCCUCAGUUCUCAGCUCCCAGUCCUCUAGUCUGAGAGAGCUGGACCUGAGAAACAACAACCUGACGAUUUCAGUAGAAAAGCUGCUAUUUGCUGCACGGAAGAGUCCAAACUGUGCACUGGAAAAUCUAAGGACUUAUAACACAACUUAUAAGGACAUCAUCUCCAAAAGUUCUCUGAUCUCUUCAGGAUCUCCUGAUGUCUACCAGCUGAGAACAAAGGAAGAGAAGUUUGGAAAUCUGACAAGAAAAACUGUUGGUGAGAAAAACCUGAACAAGAGAAACAAAACCAUCUUACUUGUAGGUGAAACAGGAACAGGAAAAUCUACUCUGAUCAACACUCUGUUCAACUACACCAUGGGAGUGAAGUUUGAGGACAACAUCUGGUUUGAGAUCGUAGAAGAAGAGAAGAGAAGUCAGUCAGAGAGUCAGACAUCAGAUGUGAUGGUGUACCAGAUCUUUGGUUUUGAAGAUAAAACUCUGCCCUUCUCUCUGACCAUCAUCGAUAGUCCUGGAUGCGGAGACACCAGAGGGAAUGAACAUGAUGACAUCAUCACUCAAAGAUUAUCUAACUUCUCCCGCUCAGAAGAUGGAGUUCAUGAAAUUGAUGCAGUGGGUCUGGUGAUGAACUCGACUGAGAAUCGAGUGAGUGACCGACUGAGGUACAUCUUUGAUUCAGUGACGUCUCUGUUUGGAAAAGACAUUGAGAAGAACGUUGUCGCUCUCAUGACACACUCAGAUGGAAUAACACCUGACAAUGCUCUGAAAGCUCUUGAAGCUGCAAACAUUAAAUGUGCCAUAGACGAGGAGAAUCAACCCGUUCACUUCCUGUUUAACAACCGCCAGAACAAACAGAGAACAAAGAAAACAGAGUUUGCUUUAGGGAACGCAUGGAGGGUAACAGAGACAGGAAUGGAAGAAUUCACAGACUUCCUGGAAAAAUCUAAACCUCAACAGAAGGUCCAGAAACUGGAAGGGAUGAAAAAUCGAGAGGAUGAAAGACCCACAGCAGGGCUCCGGUACGUGUUUGAUAAACUAACAGCAGUUAAAGAUGCAGUGAUGUAG